AUCAAUCAAUCAAACAUCAUCAAAACAAACAAACAAACAAACAAACAAAAAUGACAAACGAAUUUGAAAAUGUAGAACUAUAUGAUGAAUUUUAUGAAUGUCGCCCUGCAUAUUUGGAUGUAAAUGAUAUUGAUACAUCAUCAUUGGAAUCAAUAAUAUCAUCAUCAAAUGAUUCGAAUGAUUUAAACAACAACGACAUUGAUGAUGAUAAUUAUCAACAAAUACUAAUGAAUACAAAAGAAUCAUUAAAAACAUAUGUUAUAAUUUCAUUAUUAGAAAAUUGUCGUUUAUAUUUACCAAAACAAUAUGAUGAAAUUGUUUAUCUUAGUUCCGGGCAACAAGGUGUAUUGUGUGCUGCACGUGAUCGUUUAACCGGUAAAAUGGUUGCUAUUAAAAAAUUUGAUCAUCCAUUUGAACAUAUUGAUAAUGUUGAACGUUUAUUACGUGAAUUUCGUAUAUUAAAAUUUGUUAAUCAUCCAAAUGUUAUGAUGUUGUUGGAUGCAUUUCCCGGUCGUGCACAAUCAUUAAUUGAAUUUGAAGAUGUAUAUUUGGUUACAGAAUUAAUGGAUUAUGAUUUAUCAAUUAUUUGUAAUGAUCGAAAACAUUUUCUUAAUCAUUCAGAAAUUGCUGAAAUUAUUUAUCAAAUUCUUUGUGGUAUUCAAUAUCUUCAUCGUAUUGGUCUUGUACAUGGUGAUUUAUCACCAGCCAAUAUUGUUAUUCGUAAUAAUCGAUUUGAUGAUCAUUUAGAAGUAAAAAUUAUUGAUUUUGGUCAAACAAAAUUAUCAUAUCGAUCAUCAUCAUCAUCGAUUAAUAACAGCAACAAACAUCAAUCAUCGUUAUUAUCGACACGAUCAUAUCGUGCACCUGAAGUUUUAUUAAAUAUGGAUAAUCAUUUUGAUUUUCCAAUCGAUAUUUGGUCAAUCGGGUGUAUAAUGUUUGAAUUAUUAAGUAAAGAUGUACUUAUUCAAGGUAUUAGUGAUUAUCAUCAAUGGAAACAUAUUGAAUCAAUAUUGGGUAAUCCAAAAGAUACAUUUUUACGACGAAUACGUUCAAGUAUACGUAAUAUACUUGGUAGACAACAACGAUCAACGAAUCAACGAAAUAGAAUUGAUCAAAUUUUCAAUAUAAAAUGUGAAUCAAAUGAUGAAAAUGAAUAUUUUAAUGAACAGGCAAAAGAUUUAUUACAACGAAUAUUAGUUGUUGAUCCACGUGAACGUAUAACUGUAGAUGAUGCAUUAAAACAUCCAUAUUUUAAGGCAAGAACAAAUUCCAAAUUACCACAACAAGAUGAUGAUGAUAAUAAUGAUGAUGAUGAUGAACAAAAAAUGGACAAUAAUCAAAACAAUUUCGAACAAAUUAUCGAAUAUCGUGAACCAUUCAACGACAGUAUCGAUACUAUCGAUACUCUUUCCGAUGAUGAACAAUAUCAAUAUUGGAAAAAAUUAUUAUUCGAUGAAAUUCGUCUAUUUCAACAUAAACAUCGACAACAAAUUCGACAAACAUUAAAUUCUAUUAUUUGAAACAAUUUUUGUUUAAAAUGUUCU